AUGGAAGAGGAGGCUCAGGGUCUUGUGCGGGAUUUAGGCAUUCCACACACCCCAGACGAAGAGAUGUCUGAUCCGAGCCUGGACCAAGAUUGGGUAUCUGAUCGACGAUCACCUCCGCCGAAGGUAUCGCCGCCACCAUUGACAUCACCUCCGUCGAAAGUAUCAUCCCCGCCAUUGGCAUCACCUCCGUCAAGGGCAUCACCGCCGCUAGUGACAUCACCUCCGUCGGGGCCAUCGCCGUCGCCAUUGGCAUCACCUCCGUCCAAACACCUCCCCCGUGUGUCUCCGGGGCACGGUGAUAAUUUGUAUGCCCGUUUGACUGGAUUUAUAGCGGAGGAGGUCGGCGCGCUACGACGAGAUUUGACGGAGAGGGUCGACGAUCUGGCAGGGAAGGUCGACUAUCUGACAGGGAGGCGUGAUGAGACAUUGGAGUCAUUGUGGUUGUCUAUGGAGGGGGUGACCCCGAUGAGGAUGGGAGAGGGGACUACGAAGGGGGUAACCCCGACUGGAGGGGCGGAGGAGGUGGCAAUGGAGGGGGAGGCCCCGACGGGAGGGGCGGAGGUGGUGGCGACGGAGAGGGAGGCCCCGAUGGGAGGGGUGGAGGAGGUGGCCCCGGAGGUAAAGAGGACGCCCGGCGUGAUUGAGGGUAAGAGACAUGCUGUUAACGAGACUGAGCAGGUGGUCGGCAAGAGGUUGAGAGUGUCGUCACAGUAUAUUGUUUCCCCCUUCACGGCUGAGGCCAAGAGGAGGACAGUUAGCCGCACGAUAGGUCAAAUGACGGUCUCGGACCCUUACAAGUGGUUCCACGAUAUCACCACUGCGGGAGCUUGGCUCACUGACGAUCACAUCGACCUCGCCAUGGACUUGCUGCGAGAUCGAGCUCAAAGACAUCCAAAAUCAUUUGAUGUCCAUGGUCGAGUCAUAUUAAACACUGAGUUCCUGCGUGCCGUUACAAUAGAGUAUCAGUCGUUCGAACUUAUGAGUAAUGAGUACACGGUGCCAGAAUAUAUGCUCGAGUGGACGAGCGGGGAUAAAUGUACAGGACAGAUUGCGGAUCGUUCGGAACACGACGACAGCGCGACAGUCCGUAAGCGUUGA